AUGAUGUUGUCCUCUAUAGUCUUUUGUCUCGUGGCAGGCGCAGCAUCACACAUCGCCUAUUUCAACAAAGGCGAGCACCAUCUGUAUGGCAUGGACUACCUGCAAGCCUUUUUUGUUGCCAUCGCAUCCGGAGUUGCCUUCCUACAAUACCAGCAAUACCAGCCAUGGAGCACAUCUCUCGCCAUCACACUACAGCACACGACUUACUUCUUCGUGGGCCUCUACGCGAGCCUUAUCCUAUAUCGCCUCUUUCACCAUCCUCUUCGACACUUUCCCGGUCCCAUCGCCGCACGCAUCUCACCUCUCUGGUUUUCGACAAAGGUUCUAAAACGUGACGCCCAUCGCAAGGUUUCUGUCCUCCACAAAGUAUACGGUCCUAUCGUGCGCAUCGGUCCGUCCACUCUCUCUAUCGUCCAUUCGAGUGGGAUUGCCACCAUCUACGGCCCCAAUACUCGCUGCACCAAGGCCGCUUUUUACGACCUGGACCAUCCCUCGAAGUCUCUCCAGUCAAUGCGUGAUCCGGCAGAGCAUCGUAAACGACGACGCGCCUGGAGCCCUGCAUUCGGCGAUAGCCAACUCCGUGGAUAUGAGGUGCGCAUGCGCCCCUACCGACAACGACUGCUGGAUCGGUUAACCGGUAUGGCCGACGAGCCUCUUGAGCUUCGGAAAUGGUUCAACCUCUACACAUUCGAUAUAAUGGGGGAUAUGGCAUUCGGGGAGGGCUUUGGUGGCAUCGAAAGAGGUGAACUCAUUGGUUCUAUUCAGAAUAUGGGCGCCAUGAUAGAUUUCGUGGGGUUGUUUCUGCCGGUGUGGAUGUUGUGCCUUUUUACUCGUAUCCCCGGGGCAUCGAAAAACUGGCAUCUCUAUCUAGAUUGGGCCACGGAGAGAUUAAAUCGACGGAUCGAGGUAUUGUUUGACCUUUUCUUUGAGAACUUUGAGGACGCUGCGCUCAUCUCCCAUCUCGAUGGCCGUGAGCCCACCAAGGAAGACCAGCAGCUACUAGGAGGCGACUCGCGUCUAAUCAUAACAGCGGGCAGCGAUACCAGUGCCACUACUUUGGCGACGAUGAUGUACGAGCUGCUGAGGAACCCUGCGGAGAUUUCUAAACUGCGCAGCGAGCUGGCGCCGCACAUCGAACCGGAUGGAGACUUCCAGCACGUCAAGAUCCAGCAUCUCGAGCAUCUGAACGGGGUGAUCAAUGAAGCGUUGCGUCUGUAUCCUGCCGUGCCGUGCCACAUGCAGCGGAAGACACCGCCGGAGGGUAUCCUCAUCGAGGGAGUAUGGAUUCCGGGUGGCAUGACGGUCAUGUGUCCGCAAUAUGUGCUGGGAAGAUCGGAACGAUGCUACGUCAACCCUAACUCCUUCAUCCCCGAACGAUGGUAUAGUUCUCCCGAGCUAAUUCGCGAUAAAUCCGCGUUUGCCCCGUUUUCGAUCGGACAAUCGGGCUGCAUCGGCAAACCGCUGGCCUUGAUGAAUCUUCGGACGACCAUCGCGCGGCUCGUCAUGGAGUUUGAUUUUGACUUUGCGCCGGGUGAAAAUCUACGGCAAUUUGAAGACGACGCACAGGACAAUUUUGCUUUGUUUCCGGGGAAAUUGAUGGUUGUUUUGCGAAGAAGAAGAGAGCAGGGAGCCGGUAAUGGGCUUGUGAAUGUGGUUGCCUGA